AUGAACAAAGAGCAAUGGGAGUUCCUCCUGGGAAACUGGCAAGAUUGCCGAGAGAGUGGCAAAUGCUAUGCAGUCAGCUGGGCAUCAAGCAACUCCGACUGCUUGACUGUGAAGACGAUCACAAAAGGCCGCCGUGGCUUCAUGGUCCGCGCGAGCUACGACCAGAAACACGAUUGCUUGCACUGGCCAAGUAGUCGGAACGGGGGCUUCACGUUGAGCCUGGCAGACUGUGGCGAUACCGUGAGGUGGCGCUACAAGUCCACUCAAGAGCCAGCAAAUGAGUGGAUGCGUGUCCAGGAGGUCGGAGAACGAGCUCAGCUUCAGCGUAAGCGACCGCUCGAAGACGAGCCAGGCGACGCUGACACUCUCUGCGAAGUGCCUGCUUCGAGCCUGGACCUGGAGUCGUUGGAGCUCGACAAGGGUCAUGUCUUCUUUCAGAUCGUGACCUGUGGCAAAGAUCGCUACAUGAGCCAUCACAUGCAGGAGCAGGCCAUUGUCUUCGAUGUCAGGAAUUUCAAAGAUCCUGCUGCCGGUAAUCUGAAGCACCACGACGGACGCCACGAUGAGAUCAUCGAUCGGAUCCGGCGGCACAGUGCCUUCCCGAACUUGGUGGUCAGCCUGCGCACCCGGAUUGCCCAGGAGUUGCAGCGUUCAGGAUCGACCUCCAUCAAGGUUGUGUUUUACUGCAAGUCUGGACGCCACCGCUCCGUGGCCUUUGGAACCAUGUUCAAGUACAUCCUCCUCUACGAGGACUUCCGCAACGUGAAGCUCGAACAUGAGGGCAACUAUGAUGGUUUUGUGUGCUGCAGCUGUGACAGGUGCACUAGCACGACUGCACUGCGCCUGAAAGCGUGUGAAGAUGCCCUUCGAGACUGGAAGCGGAUGAGCGCAGUGGCACAGGCUCGGAAAGCACAAUCAAGUCACAACAGGCAGAUGAAGGCUGUGAAGACCGAUGGAAGCGCCCUCCGGGAUGCGUUGGCAGACGUUGGUCAGGAAAAGGAGGACAUGGAAGUGGAGCUGUCGCGACUCAGAGACACCGUGGGAAGUGCUGCGGCCGAGGACCGAGGGCGCCGAGAGCGCCUCGCCGAAGCCGAGGCCACCCGCCAGGCCUUGCUGCAGCAGGUGGCCUUGGAAGAGCAAUCGCUCAACCAAGCUGAAGCCGCAAAUGCCGAAGCCAGCGGGACGCGGGCCGACGCCAUCAAGGAGGGUCUUCAGCAGGCACGGCUUGCGCUGAGCCGGGCGGAGCAGGAGGCGGCUCAAGUGUCCGAGGAAGCUCAGGAGGCACUGCGGACCCUGGAGGCUCUCUGCGCGGAGAGGACGCGCAUGAAAGGCGAGACCGGCCCGGAGGCUGCGAAGCGCCGCGUACAGCUCACAGAGGCGCUCACCAAAGAGGAGGGUCAGCUCUCGGCAGAACAGGAGCAGUUGAAGGUGCAAUCCAAGUCAGCAGAAGAGAAGCUUGACUGGUUAAGGCACUUGCGUGAUGUUCAGGAGUAUGCUCGCUCCGCAGCUAAGGAGUCAGCGAACAACUUUCGAGUUGCAUACACCGACAUUGCCAAGUCCUCUCGCUCUUCCACUGCACGGCCAGCGGCGGGGACCUCGGGGACUUCUCCAGCGCCCGAGGCAGCGAACCGGUCGGCACGCAGGCUUUCGCGGCAUUUGGAUGAUUUCCUGCGCUUCAUGGCGGAGGUCGUUGCCGUGGGUGAAGCCCAUGAAGAGACAUCGCAGUUGCCACUGCAGCAGAUGGUGAACCUGAACUUGCCAGCUGUGCUGAAGGAGGCCUACAUGGGAAAGUUCGUCCAAAGUGACGAUGGGAUGAGUCAAGCACAGCAGCUGGACAGCUCCAAAGAGAAGCUGAAGGUUCUGAAGCGUGAGCUGAAUGAUGUUGGCCAUCAGAACGAGACUCAGAGUCUGACAAAGGACUUGGCGGAGCUUCGAAGGCAGAUCGCCGAAGGCGAGGCCAAGAGCCGCGAGGACCGGCAGCGAUGUGAGGAGGCCCAGCAGCGCCUGCGAGAAGGUUUCAAGAAGGCCGGCUACCGCCGCAACGAGGCCCAGACGCACGCGGUGCAAAAGGUGCAAAGAGAGCUCGGAUCUUUCGAACGCGAGGUUGCCCUUUUGCGUCGCGAGCGAGAUGCCUUGAAGGCAGGAUCAAGUGUUUGGUUUGCAGGCUGGUGCCUUGAAGGCCCAGACUGUAUCGCAGUCUUGCAAGUGGCAGGCCCUGCCUUCCUCCUCGGCCGGCGCAACUUCCGGGCACUCGCAGUGUCGGCGCUCUUGCUCGUGCUGGGCGGUCGCAAAGGAGAGCACUACCAGAACGACGUGUGGCGCAGCACCGACGAUGGGCUUCACUGGGAGGAGGUCUCGGCCCACGAAGAAGGCAGGUCGCAAGAAGGCGGCGUCACCGUUCGAAGAAAAUGGUGCGGCAGGGAAGCCUUUGGGGCGGCUGCUGGAUGUGUUGCAGGCUCAAUGCAGGGACUUGUCUACAUCGCAUGUGGGCUGGGGCCAGCCCGCCCGAUGGAAGACGUCUGGGUCUCGGAAGACUUCGGCCGCAGCUUCGUCCGCACCUGCGAGAUCGGGCCCUUCGGCCGCCGCGCCAGCCCUGGACUGGCGGUAAGUCCGGGCAAGCCGCAGCAGGUGGUGUUGGUCGGCGGAGGCUGGAACUCAGCUCCCGAGCAUUGGGACUGUUGGAUCUCCUCGAAUGUGGGCGAGACUUGGACGGAAAUCUCCACGCCUUCAAACGAGCUUCCCAGGCGGCAGGUGGUUGUAGCCUUUGUUGCUUCCGCGCUGCUGGUUCUGGGCGGGCACAACCGGCGAGAACCGGUUGUGGACGCACAUCUUGCGACGAUAGAUUGGUUUUCUGGCACUGCGAUCUGGCAGCCCUUGACGUACAAGCGCGGCUCCUCUGAGGAGGCUGUUGAUGAAUGGCUUCCAGGUGAACUGCCUUGCUUUCUGAGCCACUGCUCCGUGGUUGAUGCACAUCAAGGAAAAAUCUUUGGCCUUACAACUGGCGCAAGCUACUUGGUGGGAGCACUCGAGCCCAAAACGGGCGUUUCAGACUGCCCCAGUCUCCGUAUUGAAAGCGGGCCGCUGCAGAAGCUUCUCCCUCGCAUCGUGGCCUCCGAGUCUGUGGUGUCCCCGAGCGCACUCGGUGGUGGUCCCUUGCAGCAGCGGCUUCACAUACUGUUGCCAGCGGAUGUAAGACGGCUCUACAUCCUCGAGGGUGACGAUGCCGGCCAGCUCGUAGCCACGUGCAGCGCGAGGGAGCGCCGACGCCAGGAGCGGCUGCUCCGGCCCAAAGCAUCUCGCCUGAAAGGCAAAUGUGGCCUGGUGGAGCUUGCCUAUGGAGCUAUGGGCCAAAGUUCUCCUUUUCCUGCCGCCUGGAAGCAACGCUACCAUGCCCUCGUGGAAGAGUCGGGUGGCAGAACGGCAGUGGAGGAUCAUGGCGUCAACGUCCGGUACGGAACCCCGCGACCUCUUCACAGGCCCGGUGGCUCGCCGCCACGGCGACCAGCGGGACAAGCUUUGGGAGGCAAGACCGAGAUGUCCAGAAGUGUGGAAGGGCGCAUCGACGUCAACAAGAGCGUCGACGAAGGCAGGCCGGACGUUGCCAAAGUUGCGACUGAAAGCGGUCGGCCGGAACUCUCCAAGGGCAUCGAGGAAGGUGAGUCAACCGGAAGACAUUCACCUGAAGGCAAAGCUGACAUGCGAGCCAUCAGCGAAGGAAAAGCUUUAGCUGACAAAGAUGCAGCUCCAGAAGAUUUCGCGGUGCCAGCAGGAGGCAGUGCUGAGGGGAACCGAAGCACCGACGAUGGCAGCCGAGAUGAAGUCAGGGUCAACGAUGGAGGGGCGAGCCCUUCAAACAAAGACUCAGAGAACGUCGACGACAAGGAUAUUACGUCUGUGACUUCCGCCGUCACGCCGGUGGCAACGCCGGCAGCAGUAUCACCGAUUCGGACGGUCUCAGAGACACCGCAGGCUGUCCCGGCCGCGGCAAACAGCAUUGCAUCCACCACGCCAGUGCAGGAGGCGACAGCCGUACGGCCUGUCGAGGCCUCGCCCAGCUCCCCCGGGCGCAGCUCUCGUGCACUUUCGACACCGUGGGGUGAGAUGGAGGCAGCCAAACCCGAGUCCACGCCGCAGUCGUGCUCGGAACUGGCCAGCCCCUCGCAGCUGAAUUCGGCACUGGCAGAGAUUCGUCGCAGCGAGGCCUUGUCCUUGUCCACACCGCCGCUCAGCCCUGGGCAAAGCGUGUUGAGGCUUGAGGCAGCUCCCUCCGUGCCGGCGGAGUCACGACUGCCGUCCCAGGUUGAGACGGUUGAGGUCAGCAGUCCGGCAAGGAGCAUUCGGCCGGCGCUGGCAAUGUCCUGGGCAGAUAUGGAGGCAGCGGCGCUAGAGCCGCUCGAGCCUUCGCCCAACUCCGGUGCCUCGGAGCCUCAGAGCCCCUCGGGGCCAUCGCUCUCCUCGCCUGGCCUUCUGCGAGCGAAGGAGGAGGCGGAGCCCGCUGGCAGGCCCGAGCCUGCUCUGCAGUGCCAGUGGCAGCCGCAACCGGCACCGGCGCCGCCGGCGCAGCCUGUGCAGCCGACAAGUGCCGAGGCCCAGGCGAGCCCCCUUUGGGAGCCGGUCACAGCCGUGCCCAGGCAGGCGAUGCCGCAGAGCAAUGGAUGUUGCCUCCAGACCCUUUCGCCGCAGCUGGUGGCUUCCCAACCGGUGCAGUCGCUGCAGCCAAUGCCGGUCUACCAGGCCCUCCACCCCGGCCGAAUUGGCAGCAUAUCGCCGACCUCACAGACCUUCCAAACGGACGGCCGAGUUCGCGUGCCAUCGCCUCCGCCAGUUUAUCUGGCACCGGCCCGGGCCCACAGCCCCGUCACCGUGCGCACGAGAUCACCCAGUCCGCACGCGACGGAACAGGUAUCGAUGGCGAUGAACUGGACACACAUUGGACGCGAGGCAUCCCAGUUUGCGACGCUUCCAGAGUUUCCCGCUCCGGCUCUGCCAACGAGCCCGGCUGUUGCCGUGAAGGCCGGCACCGCACUUCGGAGACCCUCAGACUUUGCUCUGAGCCCCCGCGCCUUGUCUCCCAGAGGGCUGGACACGUCACCAGGCAUCAGUAGUCGGCCCUCAGAUCUGUCACCGGGGACGGGGGCUGACUCGGACAUCUGCAGCAGCAGUGAUGUCUCGCGGGAUGUACUCGGAAGUCCUGUCUCUGGAGGCUUAGUCGACGACCCGUGGCUUGGCCUGGCGGUGCGGUCGCCGCUCAGGAGCCCCGGCAGAGAGUUUCGGGAUGUUGCGCGACCGGCUCAUUCUGGACCACUCCGCAGACCGGUUCCUACAAUCAGCAGCCCCGAGUGGGCGGAGCAGGCUGCGGGAGGCAAGCCUGUCCUGCCAGCUCCGCAGCUGCCAGCUUUGGAGGAGCUUUUUGCCCAGAAUAUGCGGGAGCAGCGAAGGGAGGAGCGCAAGCUCCGCCAUCAGCGACGAGAGCCGCGGCAGCAGAUGCAGAGGACAGUCCAUCCAUCCUUCGAGGAGGUCCCCAACGGACUCUGUGGCUUCGGUCCGAAUCCUGAUGAUGACGACUACUUCUAUGGCAAGCACGUGAGUCUGUGA